AUGGCCAGCAAAUCUGCGGUGCCGCCGCCCGCCAGCACAAGCGGGAGCGCCAGCGCCAGCGCCGGUUCCGGCGGGAGCGGCGGAGGCGAAAUGGCGACGAUCGACGCGGUUGCGGCGGGAGCGGGCAGCUGUAUCGGCUUGGCCGUCGGCUCCGCGAUUAGCGGCGGCGCCAUCGGCGGACUUUUCGGGCUGGUGUCGGGUCUCUUCCGCCGCGAGGGCUUUAAGAAGGCCAUGUCCGAGGCUGGGGCUUCCGGCCGGACCUUCGCCAUCAUGUCGGGCGUGCAUUCGCUCGUCAGCGCCUCGCUUAAGAAGAUUCGCGAUAAGGACGACGUGAUCAACCAUGCAGUGGCGGGGUGCGCCACCGGAAUCGCCCUCGGCUGGGGAGGCACGCCAGUGAGCAUGCUGCAGAACUGUGCGGGCUUUGCUGUGUUUGCUUUCAUCUUUGAGGGCAUGAACCCGCCACCGCAGCCCGCUGUAGCAGCCGAGCUCAACCUCCUGGGCCUCUCCCCUCCACACGCCCACUGCAGCAGCAGCAGCAGCGAGCAGCAGUGUGAACUUCACACUGAUGACUUGUGUAGUGUCUCCUCCUGCUCCUACCCCUCCUCGUCCGCUUGCUCUGGUUCUUCGUCGAUCUCUGCUGGCACUGCUGCUGCUGAUGCCCCCCUAUGCCGCAGCGUUAGCAGUAGAGCUAGAAGACAGGCGGCAGGCAAGGUUCGCCAUGGCUACAGCAACGGCAGUUGCCCAGUCGUCUACUCGCCGCAGUGCCACCAGCAACACUUACUGACAGUUCUGCCACUUUCGCUCUCACUCCCACUCGCUGCCCGGAUCACCUCGUCCGCAUAUCACUUUUGA